AGAUGGAUAUGUAUGAGAACCUUGGCGUCGUGGGUGAGGGGAGCUAUGGUACAGUGAUGAAGUGUCGACACAAGGAGAUUGGACACAUUGUGGCCAUCAAGAGGUUCAAUGACAAGGAAGAGGACAAAACCAUGAAAAAGGUUAUCAUGAGAGAAAUCAAACUUCUGAGGAAAUUUCGCCAUGAAAACCUUGUGAACAUGCUGGAGGUAUUCCGGUUCAAGAAGCGCUUGUAUGUUGUCUUUGAGUACAUUGACCGCACAGUUCUGGAAGACCUAGAGAGAUAUCCUCGUGGUUUGGACAGCAAGCGCCUCAGAAAGUACAUGUUCCAAAUUCUACGAGCCAUGGAUUACCUUCACACCAGCAAUAUCAUUCACAGAGAUGUCAAACCUGAGAAUGUUCUUGUCUCUAACUCUGGGGUGGUGAAGCUCUGUGACUUUGGGUUUGCCAGAACCUUGGCACCGACUGGGGAGCCUCUCACAGACUAUGUGGCCACGAGGUGGUACAGAGCCCCAGAACUUUUAGUGGCAGACAACACUUACAGCAAACCUGUAGAUGUGUGGGCCAUUGGCUGCUUGAUUAUAGAGAUGGCUACAAGCAAUGCUUUUCUGACGGGGACUUCUGACCUGGACCAGGUGCACAAAAUAGUCAGCAAAGUGGGGCCUUUGACCCGUCAUCAGCAAGACCUGUACUUCCAGAACCCCAUCUUUGCUGUGGCCAGCCUUCCUGAGGUGCAGCUCCUCAGGGACCCCAAGAGGAAGUACCACAAACUCCACUUCUUAGUGGCUGAAAUAGUGGAUUCAUGCCUACAGAUUGAUCCAUCUCACAGGGCUGCGUGCUCCAUGUUGCUAGUUCAUCGGUACUUCACCAAAGAUGGGUUCGUUGAAAGAUUCAUACCAGAGAUACAGGCAUUGAUACUGAAAGAUGCCAAGGUUAACAGCAUGCACUGGAUUCAUAGUAGCUCAUGGGAGCCACCAGAGGACCAAGGAACAGGAGUCUUGUCCUCAUCCUCAUGUAACAGAAAGCCAGUGAAGGACACUGAGAAGGACCGACGUGGGAAGGAGCCUGAGCAGAAGCAUUCUAGGGCAGGCAGGAGGUCAGAGAUCAGGAUGACCUGCAGCCCUGUCUCAUCUCAGACAAACAGACAGCCCUUUACCUCCACCUCUACCUCUACCUCCAUCCCAGACCCCCCUCAAUCUCAGGACAAGGCUGUAGCCUUUACCAUGCCCCGCAUCAACGCCAGCAACAAUCUUUUUGCUGCUGUCCCCGUUCCAUGCUGUAUGGAAGUCACUAAGUCCCGCACUGAUAAGGUAAAGAGACGGCCGAGCCCUACUGACCUGGCCAUGGGGAAUAGUCAGCUGACUGAUGCCCUGUCUCAGUUAAACCUCAUGAAAGACAAUGUUAACCCACUUGGAAUGCAGCCGUGA